GUGCAUAAUAAUCGUGGUAAGACAGUAAUUGAUACAUCAGGUAGGUAUAACAAACCAAAAUAUAAGCUUCCAUCAUUGGAAACCGUGGUGGAUGCAAAGGUACUUCCAUUAGCUUGGAACACAAACUUUCCGCCAAAAGCUGACAAAUAUUGUGAUCGAGAAGGAUGUGAAAGUUCCCAUGCUUUUGAAGGUAUUGUUAAUAACAGCAGAAUAUUUCAAAACAGUAUAAGCUGUUUAAGAGAAUUAGUUUUAGAGGAAGAUGAUACUGAAGUCAAUGUGGAUGAAGAAGAUGACAAUGAAAGGGUUACAUUAGAUACUUCUAUAAAUCUCACUUUAAGUAACCUUUUAUCUUCAUUUAAUGAUUUAUAG